AUGAGGCUCCUCUCUGGCACUGGCCUCGUGCAGUGUGGCCUGCUGCUGCUGCUGUUCCAGGCCCUGUGCACACUGGGCCUUGCCCCCCAGGCCAGAGGGCAUCUCUGCCGGACCCGGCCCACGGACCUGGUGUUUGUGGUGGAUAGCUCACGCAGUGUGCGGCCCGUGGAGUUCGAGAAGGUGAAGGUGUUCCUGUCCCAGGUCAUCGAGUCUCUGGAUGUGGGGCCCAAUGCCACCCAGGUGGGCGUGGUCAACUAUGCGAGCGCUGUGAAGCAGGAAUUCCCACUGCGGGCCCACGGCUCCAAGGCCGCCCUGCUCCGGGCUGUGCGCCGCAUCCAGCCGCUGUCCACGGGGACCAUGACGGGCCUGGCCAUCCAGUUCGCCAUCAACAAAGCCUUCAGUGACGCCGAGGGGGGUCGGGCCAGGUCCCCCGACAUAAGCAAGGUGGCCAUCGUGGUGACGGACGGGAGGCCCCAGGACAGCGUGCGGGACGUGUCUGCACGGGCGCGGGCCAGCGGCAUCGAGCUGUUCGCCAUCGGCGUGGGCCGCGUGGACAAGGCCACGCUGCGGCAGAUCGCCAGUGAGCCGCAGGAAGAGCACGUCGACUACGUGGAGAGCUACAGCGUCAUCGAGAAGCUGUCCAAGAAGUUCCAGGAGGCCUUCUGCGUGGUGUCAGACCUGUGUGCCACAGGAGACCACGACUGUGAGCAGGUGUGCCUCAGCUCCCCAGGCUCCUACACCUGUGCUUGUCGGGAGGGCUUCACCCUGAACAGUGACGGCAAGACCUGCAAUGUCUGCAGUGGUGGUGGUGGCAGUUCGGCAACUGACUUGGUCUUCCUCAUCGAUGGAUCCAAAAGUGUGCGUCCAGAGAACUUUGAACUAGUGAAGAAGUUCAUCAAUCAGAUUGUGGACACGCUGGACGUGUCAGACAAACUGGCCCAAGUGGGGCUCGUGCAAUACUCGAGCUCUGUGCGGCAGGAGUUCCCACUGGGCCGCUUCCACACGAAGAAGGACAUUAAGGCGGCGGUGCGGAACAUGUCUUACAUGGAGAAGGGCACCAUGACUGGGGCUGCCCUCAAGUAUCUCAUUGACAAUUCCUUCACUGUGUCCAGCGGGGCUAGGCCUGGGGCCCAGAAGGUGGGCAUUGUCUUCACCGAUGGCCGGAGCCAAGACUACAUUAACGAUGCUGCCAGGAAAGCCAAGGACCUUGGCUUUAAGAUGUUUGCUGUGGGUGUGGGCAAUGCCGUGGAGGACGAGCUGAGGGAAAUCGCCUCAGAGCCCGUGGCAGAGCACUACUUCUACACGGCUGACUUCAAGACCAUCAACCAGAUUGGCAAGAGGUUGCAGAAGAAGAUCUGCGUGGAGGAAGACCCGUGUGCCUGCGAGUCCAUUGUGAAAUUCCAGACCAGAGUGGAGGGGCUGCUGCAAGCCCUGACCAGGAAGCUGGAAGCUGUGAGCCAGCGGCUGGCCGUCCUGGAGAACAGAGUCGUGUGA